GCUUCAAGGAGCGCCACGGCAUUAUGCAUAAGCAGAUCUGUGGGGAGAGCAACAGAGUCGACCAGGUCACCGUCACCGACUGGUUGAAAGAAACACUUCCCCGCAUUUUGCAUGGGUUCGCACCGAGAGACUUCUUCAACGCCGAUGAGACUGGCCUGUUUUAUCGACUCACCCCCGAUAAAACUAUGGCUUUCAAGGGAGAGCAAUGCCAUGGCGGUAAGCAGAGCAAGGAGCGCAUCACCGUCAUGCUUUGUGCUAACAUGGAUGGCACAGAGAAGCUGAAACCCCUCCUCAUCGGAAAAUUCAAGAAACUUCGCUGCUUCAAGAACGUGACAUAUCUACCAGUCAGCUACCGUGCCAACCGCAAGGCGUGGAUGGUAUCUGAUCUAUGCACUGAGUGGGUUCGCCGUCUAGACAAGAAGUUCACCAGGCAGAAACGGAAAGUUCUUCUUUUCGUAGACAACUGCGCAGCGCAUCCUAAAGUCCCCCACCUGAACUCCAUCACCCUUCAGUUCCUGCCACCGAACACUACAUCACAGCUCCAGCCUAUGGACCAAGGUGUGAUAAUGAACAUGAAGGUUCAUUACCGUCGCAAGCUGCUACAGAGUCUUCUCAAUGCCUACGACGCCAGGGAAGCACCUCAGCCCAUCAACGUCUUGCAGGCCAUCAAUAUGGUUCACACAGCGUGGGGAGCCGUCAAGCAAGAUUGUUUCGCCAACUACUUCCGUAAAGCAGGUUUCGAGCCAGUUCAAGCACCACAACCACAAGUUCAAGAUCAAGACGAAGCCCAAAAUCCAGCCCACGCUCAAGACCAAGAUCCAGCCCAAGACCAAGAUCGCCCAGAUAAUAUCUGGGAACGUCUGGCUCUCCACAUGCACCUACCCAACACUUUCCAAGAGUACGCAACUGCUGAUAAAGAUCUUCAGGUGACAGACGAGCCAAGUGAUGAGGAGAUUUCGGCGGAGAUAACAGCAGAGAGAGCAGGCGAUGGUCCAGAUGACGACGAGGAGGAGGCGGCGGCGGAAGCAGAGGAGGCCCAGAAAGAACAACUCACUGUCCGGCAGUGCAUCAACAUGAUGACUCAAGUGCAACACUUCCUUUGCACUCGGGCCAACAUGACAGAUGAGGUCUACCACAACGCAGCUGGCAUCAUGGACUACCUGUCAGAGGAGCAGCUUGGGACGAGCAUCCAGAGGAGAAUCACCGACUUUUUCCAGUAG